UAUACACAACUGUACCAGGCUGGAGUCAGAGGGGCUGGUUAUGCUUUAACUUAAGUAUAUAUUAUUUUUAACGACAUUACAUCUAUUAUGUCUCGACUAUUGAGUCUGAUCAACAUUCGUCUGCGGAGAGACUUAUCUGCGUGCCGUGGAAUUGCUCGUCUUCCUCUGAGAUCCAUUAGCUGUACUCCAAGAAAACAAGCAGAAGAAAGUGACACAUCCACAGUUUUGGGAAAGCGAUGGAAGGACACUGCAGACACUGUGAUCAUAGGUGGUGGAUGUGUGGGGGUCAGUCUGGCCUACCACCUGGCCAAAGCUGGAAUGAAGGAUGUGGUGCUGCUGGAAAAGUCUGAGCUGACCGCUGGGUCCACCUGGCAUGCUGCUGGUUUGACAACAUAUUACCAUCCGGGCAUUAACCUCAAGCAGGUCCACUAUGACAGCAUCAAACUGUAUGAAACCCUGGAGGCUGAGACUGGACAGGCUGUGGGUUUUCACAACCCAGGCAGUGUCCGUAUCGCUUCAACGGCAGCUCGGGUGGAUGAGAUGAAGUACCAGAUGACCCGGACUCACUGGAAUGUGACAGAACAGUACUUUAUUGGACCAGAGAAAGUACAUGAACUUUUCCCACUUCUCAAUAUGGACAAGGUGUUGGCAGGCCUGUACACCCCAGGAGACGGUCACAUUGACCCUUACUCUCUGACGAUGGCUCUGGCUGCUGGGGCUCGUAUGUAUGGUGCCCAAAUCUACAACCCAGCCCCAGUGAGCGGCCUAAAACCAACCUCUGAUGGCAAAUGGGACGUUGAGACGCCUCACGGAACCAUCCGUGCAAAUCGCAUUGUUAAUUCAGCAGGUUUCUGGGCUAGAGAAGUAGGUGAGAUGAUUGGGUUCAAACACCCCACCAUCCCAGUGCAUCACCAGUAUGUAGUGACCGCCACGGUGCCAGAGGUGAAGGCUCUGAAGAAGGAGCUGGCUGUUAUCAGAGACCUGGAGGGCUCCUACUACCUACGCCAGGAGAGAGAUGGCCUGUUAUUUGGUCCCUAUGAGAAGAUGGAGAAGAUGGUGCUGCAGGACUCCUGGGUCACAGAUGGAGUGCCUCCAGGUUUCGGUAAAGAACUGUUUGAGUCAGACCUUGAUAGGAUAAUGGAGCACGUAGAGAUGGCUAUGGAGAUGGUCCCUGUGUUGAAGAAUGCUGACAUUAUCAACAUUGUGUCUGGACCGAUCACAUACACCCCUGACCUGCUGCCCAUGGUCGGACCACACCAUGGAGUUCGCAACUACUGGACUGCCAUUGGAUUUGGGUAUGGAGUCAUUCAUGCAGGUGGUAUCGGUAAGUUCCUGAGUCACUGGAUUAUGAAUGGUGAGCCUCCCUACGACCUGAUCGAGUGUGACCCCAACCGCUACGGCAAAUGGACAGAUGUGCCUUUCAUGUGUGCCAAAGCUAGAGAAUCAUAUGGCUUCAACAACGUAGUGGGUUACCCCAAGGAGGAGCGUUUUGAAGGCCGACCAACCAGCCGGAUGAGCGGGGUUUAUGAGCUGCUGAAGGGCAAAGGAUCCAUGGGCUUUCAUGCCGGCUGGGAGCAGCCUCACUGGUUCUACAAACCUGGAGAUGAUAUUGGAUACAAGCCCAGUUUCCGACGCACAAAUUGGUUCGGACCAGUUGGCAGAGAGUGCAAACUGGUGAUGGAAAAGGUGGGGGUGAUCGAUCUGACGCCUUUCGGCAAGUUCACAGUAAAGGGGAAGGACUCACACAAGCUGCUGGACCGCCUGUUUGCUAACACCAUGCCCAAGGUGGGCCACACUAAUAUCAGCCACAUGUUGACACCCACUGGGAGAGUCUUUGCAGAGGUCACAAUCACACAGCUGACACCAGGAGAGUUCCUGCUCAUCACAGGCUCAGGGUCAGAGCUUCAUGACCUCAGGUGGAUCGAGACAGAAGCUGUAAAUGGUGGAUAUGAUGUCGACAUCAGCAAUGUAACAGAUGACAUAGGAGUGCUGGGUAUCGCUGGACCGAACUCCCGUGAAGUUCUUCAGAAACUGACAAAUGAGGAUAUGAGUGAUGCUGGAUUCAAAUUUCUUCACUGCAAGUCAAUCCAGUUGGCUGGACUCCCUGUCCGGGCCAUCAGGAUCUCCUACACAGGUGAGCUUGGUUGGGAGCUUUACAUUGACCAGAAGAACAUGGCCCCCGUGUACCAGGCCAUCAUGGAAGCAGGAAAGGAUGAAGGCAUUGACAAUUUUGGGACCUAUGCCAUGGCCUCCCUCAGGCUGGAAAAGGGCUUUAGAGGCUGGGGAGCUGAGAUGAACUGUGAUACCAAUCCUCUGGAGGCUGGAUUGGAUUAUUUCAUCAAACUGAACAAGCCUGGAGACUUCAUUGGAAAAGCAGCUCUUCAGGAGAUCAAAGCCAAGGGUCUGAAGAGGAAGCUUUCCUACAUCACAGUGGAUACAGACGAUAUAGAUCCUGAAGGAAAUGAAACUAUCUGGUGCAACGGGAAGGUGGUCGGCAACACAACUUCCGGAGCCUACAGCUACACUGCCCAGCAGAGCCUGGCAUUCGCCUACCUGCCUGUGGAGCUGAGCUCUGUGGGCCAGAAGGUGGAGGUAGAGCUGCUGGGCAGAAAAUACCCCGCCAUGGUCAUCCAGGAGCCCUUAGUCCUCACUGAGCCCACAAGGACCCGCCUCCAGAAGAAAGCAAAGAGCAAGGCAUAAGGACAGACCUGUCAUCGGCCAGUGAAGAACUUUAACAAAAGAAUAAUUGAAGGAAUUUUGUGACUUGCGAUGAGGUCUGAGGCUUUAAUGAAGGAGAAAAAUUAUGUGAAAAAUGAAGUCUUAUGAUGUCCAUGUUCUGAACUGUAUGUGUCAAUCUGUCUCAGACUAUUCCAGGUCUGUCACAAAAUUUCCUCUUCCUCCUUGACAAAGAGGAAGUUGAAAUGAGAGGCUUACUGCAUAUAAAGUUUUGUUUUUGUUCAUUUUGACCACAAUGUCUUACAGUGUUAUAAAAGUAAUUGACUUUUUGUAAUUCCAUGACUGUGAAUGGAUGUCAAUGGUUUACAUUUCAGUAUCUGACCCUUUUGUGAGGAAUGUUUAAAGUAAUUAUUAUUUCCAGACAGGAAGGGUGAAAUAAAGGUGCUUUUCAUGUUUAGUUUUGAAUGUUUUUAAUUUUGGGGCUGUGACACAUGUAAAACAUAUAAACAAUAGCCAAAAAGAACAAUAGCCAAAAGUCAAAUCCUUUGAAAACCUGUAUAUUUUUUUAUAGAAAUCUGUUUUUUACUAAUACUGUAAGAAAUUAAUAUGAUGUACAUUAAUACCUCGAUAAUUAA